AUGCCAAAGAAGAGAAUUCCAAUAGAUGAAUUAGAUUUUGAAGAAAGACAAGAGGAAUUUGUAGAAAACAGACCAUCACCUAGUAGAAAGAAGAGAAAAGUUAAAGGUCAAAGAGAUUCAGAUGAUGACUAUGAAGAAAAUGGGGAAACUGCGACACCAAAUAAUAAUCAAGAUUCAAAUGGUCCCGAUCUAAAUGCUAGUCUCGAUGAUGAAAUACAACAUUACGUAAAUAGAUUUAUUAGAGUUUGUUUAACUAAAGAACUAAAAGGUCAAUUUAUUAGAAAAGAACAAAUUAGAGAAUCAAUAUCAUGUUCAAAUAAAAAAAUAUCAACUGAUAAAAUUAUAACUCAAACUAAUAAGAAAUUGGAUGAAAUAUAUGGAUUACAAAUAAUAGAAACUCCAAAUGUUGAAAAGAAAGAAAAGACAAAGAAAAAAACAUCUAUAAAUUCCACCAGUUCAGCGAAAAAACCAUAUGGUUUAGUUUCAACUUUGAAACCAAAAUGCAAAGAAGUCUUAGGAGAAUUAUGGAAUAAAAAUACAGGUAAAUUAAAGAAAGAAAUCAAUUCAACUCAAUUUUUCCUUCCCAAGUAUGAAAAAUCAAAUCUUCCGAUUUCAAAUAUUGAAUUAGUUAAAAGUGGGAUGAUGAUAUUGAUUGUUUGUCUAAUCAUACUUAAUGAAAAUCAUUUAUACGAAAUAAAUUUAAUUAAAUAUUUGAAAAAGUUUGGUAUUUCUGAUAGUGUUAAUAUUAAAAAUUCAAAUAUAAGUAUGAAUUUACAAGAGUUUCUUAAAGAUUUAGAGGCCAGGAAUUAUCUUAAUAAAGAAGUAAUGAAGGGAGCUACUGAAGCAGAUAAUCUAAUUGAUUAUUCAUUAGGUAGAAGAAGUUUAAUUGAAUUUAGUCCGGAAGAUUGUUUUCAAUUUAUUAAAUUAAUAUAUGGUGAUGAUUUUAGUACUACAAUUGCAGAAAGAUCAUUAGUUACAAUACAAAGAUGUUAUAAUGUGUUGUUAGAAAUGGAUAAUACAAAUUUAAAUACUAAUGAAAAUUCACUAACAAGUACACCAACACCACAACCAAUGUAA